CACGAAUCCUCCGAGAAUAGAGUUGGCUGCACUGCUAAAUUGUUAGGUUAUCCUCCUGUCACUGUUAUGUCAUUUGACAAACAACCAAAAAAUAAUCUACAUUUACAAAAAUUUUGGAAAACAUGCCAGAAGAAGGCUCAACUCAGGCCGCUGCGCCGAGAAAUGUCCUGGAAAGAUUCUUGUUAAGCGUAACAAACGUGUUACAAUCCCCAGCCAUUUGGUUUAGAGAAACCAUAGUCGAACCGAAUCAAAAACCAUCCGUUUGGUACCACCAAAAAUUUCGAAGAGUACCAACAAUAGAUGAGUGUUACACCGAUGACCAAGUGUGCAUAACAGAGGCCGAUAUUCAAUUCAAACGAGACAGGUUGGUAGAUAGCGAAAUCGUAGCAAUACUGAGAAGUAGAUUUGAGGAUUGCACUUUAUACGAAGCUCCUGAUCACUUGGAAAAGUGCCAUAACUUAUGGGAGAUUUACAACGACGCUACUACUAAUUAUUUUAUUAAAUAUGGUGAUUUAGGUGGUUACGCAACAGCAAAAAGUUGCCUUAUGAAACAGAAGCACAGAAUGAUUUGGGAACGUAGACAUGGCCCUGUCGGAUCAGGAAUGAAUAACCAAUAGGUAUCCAAUCAUUGUAGUUUUAUAAAUAUAGUUGAGUUAAUUUUGAUUAGAUUCGAUGAUUGAUUCAAGCAGUUUGAAGUAAUUGACUUGUUGCUAGUCUUGUUAAUUAAAUUACUUUAUCACAUUGUUUUUCCAAAUUGAAUAUCUUCCUAGAUUUGUUAAUGGUCCUGUACAUUUUGUCUUUGGUAAAGAAAACUAAAUUUAU